AACUCACACCAUAACUUCUAUAUGGUCUGGAAUGCUCCUUUCCAUCGUCAAUGGCUCUGCUUCUGGGCGGCAUUCAACCUCUGAUACUAACUUCUGUUCGUCACGAUCAUAGAAGACCUUGUAUCAGAGUUUGUCGUAGACGCUUCCAUUUCACUGUUAAUACUAGAAUUCAUACUGUUCUGUCCAGGCCUUCUUUUAAUCGGAGAUGCAUACUUGGGAGCCCUCCAAAAUCAGCGUCCAUAGAUGGGUUUUCUGUGCAGAAGAAUCCAGAAGCUUUAGGUGAAGAAAAAGAAGAAGAUAAAGAGUUUCUGAAGAGGCUUAGGAGAUGGUUCAGUUUCAUUCCUUCGAUUUUGCCUGGUGGAAGCUGGUGGAACUUCUCCGAAAAUGUCGAAAUUCAAGAUUCGGCCAAACCCGUCACUGUGUGGCGCGCUCUUGCCAAAAUGUGGCAACUUGUUGCUCAAGACCGAUGGAUUAUUUUCUCUGCAUUCUCUGCUCUCAUUCUUGCAGCGGUUUCGGAGAUUUCCAUACCGCAUUUCUUAACAGCUUCUAUCUUCUCCGCACAGAGCGCGGAUGUUACAGUUUUCCGGCGCCAUGUGCUUCUCUUGGUUCUGUUCUGUAUAACUUCGGGAAUAUGCAGUGGGAUAAGAGGCUGCUGUUUUGGAAUUGCAAAUAUGAUACUGGUAAAAAGAAUGCGAGAAACAUUAUACUCCUCCCUUCUUCUUCAGGAUAUAUCAUUUUUUGACGAUGUAACAGUUGGUGAUCUGACAAGUAGGCUUGGUGCUGAUUGCCAACAAGUUUCACGUGUUAUUGGAAAUGAUCUUAACUUGAUAUUGCGCAACGUUCUUCAGGGAACAGGUGCAUUGACCUACUUGUUAUUUUUGUCUUGGCCACUUGGUUUAUUUACAUUGAUGAUAUGCUCUAUAUUAUCAGCAGUUUUGCUACUUUAUGGAAGGUACCAGAAAAAGGCUGCAAAGUUGAUCCAAGAAGUCACUGCUUCUGCUAAUGAAGUUGCACAAGAGACAUUUUCUCUGAUUAGAACUGUCCGUGUUUAUGGAACAGAAGAAGAGGAACUUGGAAGGUACAAAUGGUGGCUGGGAAAGUUAGCUGAUAUAAGCUUGAGACAAAGUGCUGCGUAUGGAUUUUGGAAUUUCAGCUUCAAUAAUCUUUAUCAUUCAACUCAGGUUAUCGCCGUGCUGUUUGGAGGAAUGUCUAUUCUAGCAGGUCAUAUUACAGCAGAGAAACUUACUAAGUUUAUACUAUACAGUGAAUGGCUUAUUUAUUCAACCUGGUGGGUGGGGGACAGUAUAUCAUCUUUGAUGCAAUCUGUCGGGGCUAGUGAAAAAGUAUUUCACCUGAUGGAUCUCUCACCUAGCAGUCAGUUCCGUGCAAAAGGAGUAAAGCUGCAGAGGUUACUUGGGAAUAUUGAAUUUAUAAAUGUAUCUUUUCACUAUCCUUCAAGGCCAAUGGUAUCUGUAGUGCGGCAUGUAAAUUUUGCUGUUCGACCUGGUGAGGUGGUUGCCAUAGCUGGUCUUAGUGGCAGUGGAAAAAGUACACUGGUGAACCUUCUGCUCCGCUUAUAUGAGCCCACCAAUGGUCAGAUUUUGGUUGAUGGCGUCCCUCUUAAAGAGUUGGACAUCAUGUGGUGGAGAGAAAGAAUUGCAUUUGUUGGACAGGAACCUAAGCUCUUCAGAAUGGAUAUUAGUUCAAACAUAAGAUAUGGAUGCACUCGAGAGAUUAAGCAGGAGGAUGUUGAAUGGGCUGCAAAGCAAGCUUAUGCCCAUGACUUCAUCUCAGCACUUCCUAAUGGCUAUGAAACACUUGUUGAUGAUGAUUUGUUAAGUGGGGGACAAAAGCAGCGAAUUGCUAUUGCUAGAGCUAUUCUUAGGGAUCCAAAAAUAUUGAUCCUUGAUGAAGCCACAAGUGCGCUGGAUGCUGAGAGUGAGCAUAAUGUCAAGGGUGUUCUUCGUUCUGUUAAAAAUGACUCCCUGAGUAUGAGAAGUGUUAUUGUAAUUGCACACAGGCUUUCUACCAUACAAGCAGCAGACAGGAUUGUGGUCAUGGAUAGCGGUAAAAUUGUUGAGAUUGGGAGUCACAGUGAACUUCUCUUAAGAGAUGGUUUAUAUGCACGAUUGACCAGUAAACAGGCUGACUCGGUGGCAUGAGUUUUCAUCGAUUUUUUGUUGCUUCUUUCUCAUCCUCCGCGGUGUCCUGGGACAAGCAAUUUUUUCUACUGCUGGACCCAUGUGUUGAUAGUAUUAAACAAGCGAAACUUAUGGUUUCAUCAAGUACAUAUAUACAUCUUGCUGUUGUUUUGGAUUGAAGAGUUUGACAGAAGCAGGUUCUUAAAAGGCAUAAGCUAACGCAUAAAGAAGGGGGCAUAACGCUGAUAGCCUGAGAGCCAAGCUUGAUUGAUAGCCAGGAGGCCACCUUGGAGUUUUUGGCUAUAAUUGAAGGAGGUUUGCCUGUAUGUUCUAUUGAAUCUAUGAAUUCAUGGAUGAUGUAAAUAACGCAUUUCCUGACCUUGGGCAGCCAGUGCACAAGAUGUUGCUUUGUGAGUUCUGACAGCCCUUCCCAUUUGAUAAAAUUCUCUAUUCGGUAAUAUCAAAUCUGUUUAAACAUUAUCAUGCUCGGUUAAUAGUAGUUCUUUUUUCCCAA